UCAUCACUUCAAAUCUUUUCUGACUCACUCUAUCUAAACAUUUCUAUACUAUUUUGCUCGCUCAACCAUUAAAAAGAAAAAAACCAUCUCAUUUUGCUCUUUUUACAUUAGAAAAAAAAACCUUCAGAACAAGAUAUGAAACCAAGCAAGAACUAGCUAGACAUCACCUUACUGUAAAAAGAAUGGCUCAACCCAAGAGCUCCAAUUUUCAUAUAGUGAUGUUCCCAUGGUUUGCUGUUGGCCACAUGACCCCAUUUCUUCAUCUUGCUAAUAGAGUUGCAGAGAGAGGUUGCAGCACCACUUUCUUGCUACCCAAUAAAGCUAAACUACAGUUAGAACACUUCAAUACUCAUCCUGAUUUGAUCACUUUCCACUCUAUCACUGUCCCUCAUGUCGAAGGCCUCCCUCUUGGCACGGAGACCGCCUCUGACAUUCCCAUUCACUUGACCCAUUUCCUCGCAAUCGCCCUAGACCGUACCCGCCGUCAAGUUGAAAAGGUAAUUGUUGACACCAGACCUAAGUUGGUUAUCUUCGAUGUUGCACACUGGAUACCCAAAAUAACCAAGGAUCUUGGCAUUAAGGCCAUAAACUACAAUGUAGUUUGCGCUGCAUCAAUCGCUAUAGCAUUGGUUCCAGCGCGUAAUGUCACCAAAGACAGGCCAGUGACAGAGGCUGAAUUAUUACAGCCACCCGCUGGAUAUCCAUCGUCGAACGUUGUCCUUCGUGGCCAUGAAGUACGCUCCCUGUUAUUUGUAUCAUUGCCGUUUGGUGAAGGCAUAACAUUUUACGAGAGGAUUUAUACGGCAAUUAAAGGAAGUGAUGCCAUAGCUAUCAGAACCUGCCAUGAAAUUGAAGGUAAAUUAUGUGAUUAUAUUGCAAGUCAAUACGAAAAGCCAGUCUUUCUAACGGGACCUGUCCUGCCAGAACCAUCUAAGGCACCGCUGGAAGACCAGUGGACGAAAUGGUUAGGUGGUUUUGAAAAAGAUUCAGUUAUCUUUUGUGCAUUCGGAAGCCAAAUUAAACUUGAGAAGAAUCAGUUCCAAGAAUUGGUUUUAGGGCUUGAGUCAACCGGUUUGCCAUUUCUAGCGGCAUUAAAACCUCCGAACGGAGCAUCAACGGUGGAGGAAGCAUUACCGGAAGGGUUUGAAGAGAGGGUCAAUGGGAGGGGAGUAAUAUGGGGUGGAUGGGUACAACAGCUGUUGAUUCUUGAUCAUCCAUCAGUAGGGUGUUUCCUGAAUCAUUGUGGUUUUGGGUCAAUGUGGGAGUCUUUAAUGAGUGAUUGUCAAAUAGUCUUGGUGCCACAUUUGGGUGAUCAAAUCUUGAACACAAGGAUCAUGGCUGAAGAACUGAAGGUGGGAGUGGAGGUGGUGAGAGAUGAGAGUGGUUGGUUUUCAAAGGAAAGCCUACGCAAAGCCAUUACGUCUGUGAUGGAUAAAAAUAGUGAAGUGGGUUCAAUGGUGAAGGAGAAUCACAGAAAAUGGACGGAAAUUUUGGGAGGCGAAGGUUUCAUGACUAGUUAUAUUGAUAAGUUUGUCCAAAAUAUGCAAGACCUUGUUAAUAAUUAGUUAAGUUAAUUAAGAGGCUUGACAGAUUUGUAGUUGCUUGUUAUUUUGUUAUCCUUCAAGGUUUUUGGGGGUACAUUGCUCUCUUGAUUAAUUUCAGGAAGGAAGUUGUAACAGUAGUUUGAUUGGUAAUAAUAUUUGGGUGAAUUUUAGGGUAAUUAA